GGGGCCCCGACGGCGGCGGAGGGCCGUACCCCGAUGGCGUCGGUGGCGGCCGGAGCGCGGGUGCUGCGAGCCCUCAGGCGCCCGCUCGAAUCGGGACGGCUCCCGGUCAGCGCCAGGCGUUACCUCAGCGACGCCCUCCCGCCCGGCGGGUACCGGGUCUGGCAGGAGCGGGCGGCCCGCGACCCCGCCGGUUUCUGGGCAGAGGUGGCGAGGGGGGUGCUACGCUGGGACAGCCCCUUCCAUACGGCUUGCCGGGCCGACCGGCCCGCCGCCGCCCGCUGGUUCCUCGGUGGCCGCCUCAACGUCUCGGUAAAUUGCUUGGAUCAACACGUCGAAAAGUCUCCGAACAGAGUGGCUUUGAUUUGGGAGAGAGAUGAGCCUGGCACUGCAGUGCAUGUCACGUACAGGUUGCUUCUGUGCCGCAGGGAACUUCUGGAUCUGACUUGCCGUCUUGCCAACACCCUGAAGAAAUAUGGGAUACAGAAAGGGGACAAGGUGGCCAUCUAUAUGUCCGUGUCUCCCUUGUCUGUGGCAGCCAUGCUGGCUUGCGCCAGGAUUGGUGCUGUUCACACUGUGGUCUUCGCUGGAUUCAGCGCGGAGUCCUUAGCUGGGAGGAUCAUAGACUCUGGAUGCAAAGCAAUUAUCACCUACAACCAGGGAGUCAGGGGAGGCCGAAUCAUACAGCUGAAGACGACUGUGGAUGAAGCUGUGAAGAACUGUCCAAGCGUCAAACAUGUCUUUGUUGCUCAGAGGACAGAUAACAAAGUCCAGAUGGGUGACCAUGAUAUUCCCCUUGAGGAGGAGAUGGCCAAGGCAGCUUCUGUAUGCACUCCAGAGAGUAUGGACAGUGAAGACAUGCUAUUCAUGCUGUAUACCUCGGGCAGCACUGGGAAACCCAAAGGAAUUGUUCACACCCAGGCUGGAUACCUGCUGUAUGCUGCUCUCACGCACAAGUAUGUAUUUGACUACCAGCAAGGCGAUGUUUUUGGCUGUGUGGCUGACAUUGGCUGGAUCACGGGACAUAGCUAUGUUGUGUAUGGACCACUCUGCAAUGGAGCCACCUCUGUCCUGUUUGAAAGCACUCCAGUGUACCCUGACCCAGGUCGUUACUGGGAAAUGGUACAAAGGUUGAAAAUUAAUCAGUUUUAUGGAGCACCUACGGCUAUACGCUUGCUGCUGAAUUAUGGAGAAGAGUGGGUGAAGAAAUACGACAGAUCGUCCUUGAGGACCUUGGGAUCGGUGGGAGAGCCCAUCAACAACGAAGCUUGGCAGUGGUUCUACCAUGUGGUGGGAGAAGGGCGCUGCACCCUCGUGGACACAUGGUGGCAGACAGAAACUGGUGGCAUCUGCAUUGCCCCACGGCCGUCAGAGGAGAAAGCUGAGAUCGUUCCAGCUAUGGCUAUGAGACCUUUCUUUGGGAUUGUUCCCGUGCUGAUGGAUGAGAAUGGAAAGGUUAUAGAAGGCAAUGACGUGUCUGGUGCGCUCUGCAUUGCCCAGCCAUGGCCUGGCAUGGCAAGAACAAUCUAUGGAGAUCACCAGCGAUUUGUUGAUGCCUAUUUCAAAGCCUACCCAGGUUACUACUUCACAGGGGAUGGUGCUUACAGGACCAAGAAAGGUUAUUACCAGAUAACGGGGCGGAUGGAUGAUGUCAUUAACAUCAGCGGACACAGGCUUGGGACGGCAGAGAUAGAAGACGCAAUGGCUGAUCACCCUGAGGUCCCUGAGACAGCUGUGAUUGGGUAUCCACACAAGAUCAAAGGAGAAGGUGCCUUUGCUUUCAUAGUGCUAAAGGAGCAGACAGCUCAUAUAGACCGUGUCAAAGAAGAGCUCAGAACCAUAGUGGCUUCCAAGAUAGCAAAAUACGCUGUGCCUGACCACAUUCUGGUAGUGAAACGUCUUCCUAAAACCCGAUCAGGGAAGAUCAUGAGAAGGCUGCUGAGGAAAGUAGUCACUGAACAAUCAAGCAACAUGGGAGAUGUCACCACACUUGAUGAUCCAAGUGUUGUCAAGGAGAUAUUGGAUGCUUACCAGAAAUACAAGGAGAAGAGUUCCUCAUAACAGGCAGCUCUGGGAUCUCUCUCCUCUGGAAAUGUGGAAGGUCUCAAAUAACCAGGCAAACAACAUAGUUCUCUCUUGGUGUUUUUUUAAAAACUCUGUUCCCUUCUAGGGGAACAAGAUUUUCCGCUCCACAACAUAUUUUGAGAUGCACAGAGCUAGGAACAAUCUGCAGUUUUGCACAGUCAGUGAGCUCCCUUUCAUUGCUUCUAGGGCUGUUGUAGAGCAGCCGUUGAUGGUUUCCAUUUGCUAUGAUGAAAUUUAAUACUAGCUGAAGCAAGAUGCAGGCAUUAAUGUUUCUCAUUUUAAUGUUACUGUACAGGGAAAUGUUUUUAUACAAUACUUUUGCUGUUUUAAAAGAAGCCCUGGAAUACACUUCUUCAAUUUUUCCUUCAGUUUGGAUACCUGAGUUCAAGUAGCUGUAUUUCACUGCAACUGUGGUGCCUUUUCAGCAGUGCUGGGUAUUCUAGUAGAUGUCUCACAUGUGUUAUUAGAGAAAUGAGAAGGACGUGGCUAGUCUGAUAAUUUUUUCUUGUGUUUACCCAGUUGUUCUAAUACCUCCUUUGCCUUUCUUCAUAAGGAUUUGUUCCUACCACUAUAUGUCCUGCGACUUGCCAGAGAUGGUGAGCCUGUGUCCCUUCAUGUCCCACGCAGGCAACCCAGCACUAGCACUUCCAGCUGCAAAACUGAGCCACAAACCCUACCGCUGGACUUCCUACAUGUCCUCGAUGCAUUGCCUGUUGUGUAGGAGGGGUCUGGUCCCACAUGUUUUUAUUCUGCCUUGAGAAACUGAAUCACCAACUGGGCCUUUAAAGUAAUUGUCCUCUUCCUCAUCGGUGAUGACUACUAGAUCAGUGUUGUCCAUUGUGGUUCACUUCUGUAUAUUAGGAGUGGUAUUAGGAUCUACAACUGGUAGAUCUUUGUUGCCAGUUGGUGAUUUGUGUAGAUGCCUUCAUUUCUUGAAGUUGCUAUGAUAAGGGAUGAUGUUUGCUUGCUGUCUGUCAGAGAACCAUUGGGAAACAAAAUCCUGAAGUGCUCAAGAGAGUUUGAAGCUGAGAGAGAUAUGCUGGAGGGUUCAUUGUGACUUGCUGGGCUGUGUGAUUUCUGACCAGGAAUGGUUGUUUUAGCCCACUGCCGAAUGGCCUGUAAUCUUGUUUGCUCCAACAAAGACAGGCACCCAGUUUGGAGGUAGGUUGGUUCUCCUGUCAAAAGUUAUGACUUAAUGCUUAUCACUGGUAGGUUGCACCCUACCAUGUCUGUCCCUUCUGCGUGCUGCCGUGCUGAUCUUCCAAAGAGUUAAGUACCAGGUGCAUACCUGCAAAUUGCACGAUCCACAAAGAAGAAGGAAGUGCCUCUUAGAUGCCUUCUGGAAAGUGAUGGUAGCAUUCCAGACCAGCAACCUUAGAAUAGCAGGGAACAAUAGCCUUUGUCUUUCAUAUACGUUCAGAAUUGCAACUAAUAUAUUCAGUGUUUUAUUUCUGGACUCAUUUUAUCACAAACACAUUUUGAUUGAAGCACUCCUUAUAUUUGGGCUGUUCAGAAGAAUUUGUUAGCAGGUCUCCUGUCCUCUACUAUGCCACUAAACGUCAUGGAAAAACCUGUAGGUGCUGAAUGCCUUUGAGACUUCUGCCACUGCUAAAUUUGGGUUAAGCUGGCUAAGGGGUUCAGAGUGGUUGGAGGGGCCACAGAGCAUGCCAGGAAGGCUUGGUGGAGGACUCCUCCCCUCUCCCUGGGUGCAAAAGCUCAAGGUAUACGCCAGUGUAGCGUGCGCAGUGCUGAUCCUGGGAGUGUGUGCCACAAGGGCUCAGGCAGAGCUUCUCCAUCUUAACCUGCCUAAGCCAAGUGAUUGCUAACUACCAUUCCUGUGCUGUGGCUGGUGUCAUUCCAUCAAACCUUGCAGUCCUGCCUCUGUCUUUCUCAGAUGACAGUCUGCUUAGUUUCAUGGAGCUGUGUGUUUUGGCCUGCCAAACCCCAGAGUAAUUGGCAGAGUUGCCAAUUUUUGCCCUAGUUUUACAGGGGUGACUUACUGCUGAAUUAAACUGGAAUUAAUUUAACUGAAUUUAACUAUCUUUUCCAGUGGGACUGUGUACUGGAAAGACAAUCUGUGUACCUAACUGGAGGCAGGAAAGGCAGGAAGAAAAUGGCUAGGUGAUCCUCUAGGACUGGGAGAGGAGUGGUGAGUUUUUUGGCUGGCAGAGAUUCUGGUACCAAACGGGGAAGCAGGCUACUUGCAGUACGAUGUGUUCUCAAGGACAGGUGUGUUGUCUUAGGUGCCAUAGUUCCUCUGAGUACGCUAGCUGCAUUUGCUGGUUUGGGGGUUUUUUAAAUUUAUUUUAAGUAUCUCUAGGGACUGGGUAAUACAGUAGGGAAUAGCAUGCUUCAUUAAAAUUCCCAUCCUUCUGACUGCAAUCCAUUUUUGCUUAAGGUAAAUAGACACCCUGUGGACUUUGUGGGAAGUUGAAGAUCAGAAGGUUUGAUAGAGUUGACAGGAUGUUAAUAUUUUAGGAGACAGCCACUACAUAUAUCUUCUAUUGCCAUUGCAAAAGGAAAAAAUACCCACUUCCUUAACUGAUUUUCAAGUGGGAAGCAGCCAGGAGUUAAUGCUUGUGACAAAAGAAGUAGACUCCCUUGUUUAAACAAGUUAUCUCCACGCAGUCUGAAAUACAGUGUGGAGGAAGAAAAAUUACUUUUGAACAAGAUUAUACGCUUUUCUUUUAGUCAAGAAAGCAUUUCCUAUAUUAUGGAUAAAGAAUUUCCUUGUCCUGUUGACGUGAAAUUUCCUUGUUAAGGUGUGAUGCAGUGGUCAUAGACACAUGGUCUAAUUCAUCUGAACUGCCUCACGAAGACUAGCUAUGUGAGGAGCAAUGUGCUUUGGUGCAUUGAGACAUUCGUCAUACAAUUCCUCUGCUCAGGGAAAAUGGGAGAUAGGCGCGCUCCCUCACCUGCAUCCCUAUUGUCUCAACUUGCGUGGGCUUGGGGACCACGGCUGCCAGGGAGGUUACAGACUGACCAGGUAGCUGCAGCACCCCAAUAAAUUAGAGCCAUGCCAGCUAUGGUGUGGACAGACUGCAGUUACAAACAAGCCUCAUACCGUGAACUUCUGAAGCCUUACAAGCACCUUUGCUAAAAUCACGUCACCAGCAUUUGCAAGACUAGAGUGCCACAUGCCUGCCAUCCAGUACCACGGAUGGUUGCUCUCUUCCUUGCGCGUUUCCACAGCUGAGCUGUGGUCCUUGGGAUGUCCAUCUGCUCAGAGGCUCCCUUGGGGUACUUAGAGAGAGCACGUGGUGCUGAUGUGCUGCCCACAUGGUGUUCUGCAGUGGACACAGCUCCUGCUGGGCAGCCUCAGCCCCCACCUCUCCUGGUAAAACUGCACUUCUGCAAGUGUACCAGCAUCAGCUCUUGGAGAUAACAUCCCAUGCUCAGUUCAUCUAAUAGCACCCUGAGGCUGGUAGAAACAGAGCUAGGCAGGGCUUGGAACUGGUACUUCUUACAGAAAGAAGAAUACUGUGCUUCACCGGGUAGGCUACUCAUAGAAAGCUUUGCCAAAAAGAUUAAAUUUUCCAUCCAGAGAAGUCCCCCUUUUUUCUUUUUCCCCAUGAUCUCUGCUAACUGCAGCGGUUGCAUCUUCAGUGCAAGCCUAAGUCGAGCUUUGCAUUUUUGUUAUUCCCCGGACGUCGCGAACAUCAGCACUGGUGCGUGGCAACAGUGCUUUCCUCUUCGCACACAGCAGUCUUGCCCCCCCACCAGGCUUGUGGUUCAGGAAGGGGUUCAACCUGCAGAAGUGGCACUGAUGUCCUCAGUUCUUGAAAUGCUAGAAAGGAGGUAGCUUGCAAAAGAGCCCAUGCAGUCUUAAGAGCUGAUCUUCACUAAUCAGUGAAGGAGGUAAUGAUGUAUGGAAUACGUUAGGGUAGGAUCGUGGGACAGACUUGGGGGUAAUUGUUUCGUUUAGAAAAGCAGAACUGUUGAAUUUUUCUAAAUCUUUGUGUGUCCAUGAGUAAUGUGUGGGUUAUUUGCCAGAUCACCUUUGUAGCUUCAUUGAAAGAGAUCUAGAGUCAAUUUUACCUGUUGCAGUUUGUUGCAAAGGGCAAAUGUGCUUGCUUUUUUUCCCCACUCAGUUUUGCCAGUGAGACCCAGUCAUGGUGCCUUUUCCCCCACUGGAGACACAGACCAUGAUUUUUUUUAAUUUUAGAAAGGGAAAGUCCAUCUUUCUAGAGAUGUGUGUUGUACGGUCUAAUGUUAAGCCUUUAAUCAUUAUUAUGUUUCCUUGUAAUCAUGCUUUAAACACAUUUAUUGUCCUUGACCAAAACCAGUUUCUUCAAUGAUCUCUGUAUUCAUAUUUUCAUUAAAGGAAAUAUCUUUCUCUG